AUGAAUGGGGAGCUAUUAGAAAAAUUCUUAUUCAAUGUCGCGGAAACCGGAACAGCGGUGCCGAACAAUUUGGCCGAUAAACGAGAGGAAAAUGAAAUCAAGAAGAAGUUUCUGAAUAAAGUGAGUUUUUAAAGCAAAGUUUCAAAGUUUCCAAACUGAGUUCAGGUUGCUCCAAACUCUCUAUUCGCAGCCAAUUACAUAGCUUCUAAUUACACAGACGUCGACCUCAUCCAGUCGAUAAUUGGCCAAAUUCUCUCGAUUUAUUAUAAAGCUGGUGAGAUUUCCCAUUUUUUUGAAUUUUUCUAUACAAAAAAACAAAAUAUUCUAAGGAGUUUUGCGAUUGUACGCUCUUCAAUUCGUUCCCGGAUUCGUGUCCCUGUACUUGCUGGCAGUGUCAAAAAAGCAACACAAAAGCAUUUCGCUUUUUGAGACGUUUCUGACCGCAAUUUACAAUGAAGAAAUUGUCAAAGAUCCGGAGACGAACGAGAAAAAGGUGAGCCUGGAAGCCAAAAAAAGAAGAAACGCGGAAAACGGACAUUUCUUCAGAUGGAAGACAUCCGAAUCCCUUCAAUUCGCCACCACAGUGUCUACCAUGACCCAGCAAAAAUACAAGUCCAGACCGAUGUCCCUUUUGUACGAACCGCAACCAUCACACCGGUUUUGGUGAGAAAUUUCAACUUUUCUUCUUUCAACCAAGUUUUUCUUGUAGAAUACCCUCCGAUUCGGUCCAUUUCCAUCGAUUUCAAAAAUGAACGGCGAGAACAAGUUCAUGGUGCUCAACAGAAUUCUCUUCUCAGUCAACGAAUCCCUGUUCGAGGUGUCAUCCGAAGUGGCCGCCCGUUAUGUUUGCCUCGGAACUCUCUCCGUUUGCCGAUCUGGAUUCUCAUUCCCAGAGACUGGGUUCCGGAAAAAAGUGCUCGAAAGCGAGUCGCAAGAAGUGAUCGAAGACUUCUCGAAAAAACCACGUCAGCAAGUAACGGCCGAGUUUCUGAAUCAUUUGCUACGCGGCUGCUAUCUGGCCCUCUUCAACGGAGCAGCCGACUUGGCCCUGAGAGCCAUUGAUUCGAUUCACUUGAGAGCGCAGUACGAAAUGCUGCCGGAGACGUUGUUGGUGAGUGAAGAAAAAGGGCAAUAAGGCGGAAAUGUCAAAAUUAAUGUGAAAAAUAGAGGGUGUUUUCAGGUGGUCAAUUCGCUAAGAAACUCGCUUCUCGAUAAUAUGUGGAGCAAGGAAAAACGAGGAGAAUUGAUGUGGACUCGCCCUCAACACAAAGAAUUGUUGAAACGAAAAGACAUGAUAACGAAUGCUUCGCUAAAAAUGAAAAGAAUGCCAGAAGAUAUACCAAUUCAAGAACAACUCAAAGAAAAAGAGCACUCUCGGCUCGGAGAGCUUAUGGAAGAAGGAAUGGAUCAUUUGCACGAUCUGAAAAAGAAGGUCGUCGGAAUGGGACUACAUCACAAAAUCCAUAGAAGGAGAAAGAGUGUAGAGCCGGAAGACGUUGAGCUGCAGACCAUUAAAGAAGAAAAACCGUCGACGGUCGAAUCGGUUUCAGAAAGUGAUAAUAGUUCUCCGCAAACUGUCCAGAAGCCGAUGGUCUUGAAUGGCGAAGACGUGGAACGAAGAUUGAGAGACAUUGCAGUGGUUGAGCACGACUAUCAGGCGGAUUUAGAGAGCAAAGUGAUAUUUUUACUCUAAAUAGCCUUCUAACGCAAUUUUUACGCGAAAUUUUGUGGAAGCAGCAUUUUUCUCAUUUUUAGUCAGAAAAUAUGUGAACGUGGAACCUUAUUUAACUUUUCAGGUAAAUCCCGAACCGAAAAGCGACGAGAAAGGAGCGUUCACAAUGAGCGGGCUCCGACAUAUGGAUAGUGGUGGGAGCACUUAUCGAUCUAUCGAUAACACUUGAUCGCUUUCUGUUUGUAUUCUGCAUGAAAAUACGUUUUCAGAUGACUUUACGCCAACACGGUAG